UAAAAUUUGUACAUUUUAAAAAUUUAAAUAUGAUAAAGUCCGCAAGGAAUAAAACUUUACUCAAAAGUAAGAUCAAGAAGAACCUGAUUCGUCAUAAUUCUCAGAAAAGACUCUUCAUCCAGAAGAAGAAUACCAGCAUUUCUAAGGAGACAGAACUGUCUGCUAGAAGUAUAGUAAAGAGCAAAUAAAGCGCCUCUUUCAAAUUUGCCAAUCAUGAGAUCCCAGACUAACCUCUCUCUUUCGAAGUUGAACAAGAAUUCACUGACUAGGAUAUCAAAAGAUUUCUUACAUAAAGAGACUAUUAAAUCUCCUGAUUUGACAUAUAAGACCUCAAAAUUAUCAUUUUUACAGACGAUGAACAAAGUAGAGGAUAGCUCUUUUAACGUAAACCACUUGGUUUCAUCAAAAGCUCCUAGAGCCAAGCAAAACAACAGUGAGUACAGUAUUGAGACGAGCACUUUAAAGAACAUACAGUUUAAUUCCAAACAUAACAGGAUUCCAAGUUACCAAAUCUCUGAAUCCUCCAGAAUGGAAUCUCAGAGAAAAUGCAGGAAAUGAGCAGUCCUUAAACAUGUUUCGAAAAAGACAAUAAUUGACCUCAACGAGCAGAUUCAGUACUAUAUGUUAGAACUCCUGAAGAAAGAAGGUCUAGUGACUGUCUAUGAGGAAGAAGCUCUCAAAAUGGCAGAGGAAAAUGAGAGUCUGAAGAAAAAGGUCACAGAGCUCGAAAAUUCCCUCCAAAAAGUAAGAUUUCAAGAUAAUAAAGAGAAUGUACCUGGCAACCUACAGAAGGAAAUUGAGCAUCGGAUUAAGCACAAAAAUGUCUUGAGAAAUUCAAAGAGUAAACUGCUUAUCCAGAAAAAGGAGUAUGAUGAUCAAGAUAUUCUUGGUGCUGCUCACAGAAGAGGCAGUUCAGAGAUUUCUAUUGUAAAAGCUACUAGCUCUUCCCAUAAAAGGACUGAAAGUAGUGAUACCUCAUAUUUACUUAGCUCUAUGAAGAAGAGAAAUGGAUUUAUGUCAAGGGAAGAAGACUUAAAUAAAUCAAAUACUUCUUCUGAUGAUAAAUCUACCCAGAAAAUGGAGCAUCCUGAUGAAGAUAUGUAUCAAACUGUCCUUACAAGACAUAAUAAUUAUGAUUUAAAACCUUAUUUCACCGAAGUUACUAAUAACGAAGAGAGAAUACCUGCUCCAAUUAUGAUGAAUGACAACUCUCCUUUGAUCACAAAAGGCAAAGUGAAAAACCAAAAAUUUGAUGAUUUUCAGAAGCAUCUCAGCAGCAAACUUGGUCUAAAGCCUAGAAAGAUAGACUCUCAUAUCGGGAAAAGGCUCAAAGUUGUAGAAGGAAAUCAAAGUAUUGACAUGAACCCUAUGACUGUAGAGUCAUCUGUUAAAUCAGUGAUCUUUAAAGAAACUCCCACUAACACAGUGCCAAGUUCAUUUGUAGAUGCUGAGAUGCAGUAUAAAUAUAAGAAACCUCCAAUUCCAUCUGAAGGGUUGAGAAAUUACCAGAAUUGAUAUAUGAAACCUGAGAAGCAGAGCAUGAGUAUCUAUGACAUCUCUUCAUCUGGAACAUUUGUGCAAAAAGACUCAACUACAGAUAACGAUCAGCUGCUGACAUAUGGCCCUGAGCCUCCUAAAGGAAUCAAAGCGAGCAUUGGAGGUGAAGAAUUUGUUAUGUACAGAACUGAAGAACUCAGAGGCAGAUCUUACAUGCCAAGAGAUGAUGAUAAUGACUCUGUAGAAAUAGAAAUGUAGAUGCCAAUAUAUUAUAUUGCUAUAUCAAUCUGAAUAUGA